GUAACGUGAAGUGCAGCCUCUUGCACGGAAGUUCUUGUUCAAAUAAACCUCGGUUGCUCCUAGAAAUAUACAAGCCCUAGAAAAAUAAACCUCAGUUGCGAAUUAUAGAUAGACUCAUUUAACGCACUUUGAAGAGUUGAAUGACAAUCUCCUCCGUUUCUACUUUUUCACAUUCAUGCGGAAGAGUAGCGACGUUCUUGGAGAGGCCACCAGGGGUGCAGACCCUCUCAAGCAAGUCCGGGAGGAGUCCCUGCACCGCGCAAACCGCUCUCAUUGGCUGCCCCGCUGAAACCAAUGGUGCCGUAGCUCAGCGUGGUUAUCAUUUCCUGCUCAUGACCCGUUGCUGCUAUAAAAGACGCACCGACGAGGGCAGAUCUGUUAGCGGCGCGUCUCAACUGCCUGAACAUGUCUCCACUCUUCGCCGUCUUCCUGCUGGGGUGUGCCAGCAUGGCAGCGUCUCAAGUCCCAGGCGGUUGGAACGUGAAGGACCCUCUGUCCGACAGCCUGUACUUGGAACUGGCUCAUUUAGCUGUCUCUUCUCAAGUGGAAGGCAAACAGUACUACGACACUGUCGUUGAGCUCCUCGAAGUUCAAACUCAGGUUGUCGCUGGAUCCAACUACAGACUGAAGCUGGUGGCGGCGCCAUCCACUUGCGAAGUUGGAGUGCACCAGUACAGCAGAGAACGUUGUACUCCACAAAGCGACGCGCCUACUAAAGUCUGUGUUGCAGAGUUCUACCACGGCUUCUCGGGUGAACCUUCCCUCACUUCUUAUUCAUGUGAGGCCUAAGAAGAGAAUAAGGCGUUACUCGUCGUGUCAUUAGUAGUAUUAAAACUUGUUCAGUUACUGAUA